AUGUUUGAUCUUUUCCCUAUGCUCUUAUCUUCUGUCGCUUCAUAUCUCUUCCCUAUUUUCGCUUCAUACAAAGCUCUCAAGACACAUGAUCCCGCUCAGCUGACACCAUGGUUGAUGUAUUGGGUCGUGCUCAGCUGUUGUCUUCUGGCUGAGUCUUGGGUUUGGUUUAUAGUUUCAUGGAUCCCUCUCUAUGGCUAUUUCCGUUUACUCUUCCUCCUCUACCUAAUCCUCCCCCAGACCCAGGGCGCCCGACGCCUCUACGAGGAAUAUGUUCACCCCUACCUUGAGCAGAAUGAGACGCAGAUUGACGACUUCAUUGCAAGCGCACAUGAGCGCUUGACUGCUGCCGGAAUGUCCUAUCUCAAGCUCGCUAUCGAGCAAUUCAAGAUCAAGGUUCUCGGUCUUCCACCCUCCGAGCCCGAGUCUCCUCCUCCCGAAGCUGCUGCCCAAGGCUACACGCAAACACUUCUAUCACGAUUUAACGUUCCCACCGCGCGAUGGACCGAAAACAACGGCAGCGGCACAGACUUCUACAGUCUUCUUUCCAGCGCCGUCGCAGCUGCCACCAACGCAGGUGGCAUGUCGGCAAGUACCAGAACAGCUGGCGGAGAGCCAACCAACUCGGCCGCAUUGAUUCCCCCGCAUCUUCGCGAAUCCGGCGCCAGGAUGGAUUUCAUCUCAGCCCAGCGCGAUCGUCUCAAUGUUCUGCUUUCAGCGCUCGACCGUGAAGCGCAAGACCUUCGUACCGACGCCCAGCGUGCUCAACAAAACACAGGCCCUCGCCGCGAUCCUAUGGCCUACGGAGGCUACGCCGAGAACGAAGAAGAAGAACCCACUCAGCGGCCACCCAGUGGUUUAAGUGGAUGGAGUGGUAUUAGCAAGAGCCGUAGUGAGACCGAUUUCGAGAGGAUUGAUGCUGAGACUAGCUCGGAUGAGGAUCCUGCGGUACGCAGGAGGAACAUGGGAGCUGGCACUAGAAAUGCAUCCGGCUCGUGGGUUCCCUGGGGGUGGGGAGGUGAUGCUGCAUCAGGAGGCGGAGCGAGCGCUUCCGGAAGGGACAGGUAG